UUGAAAGUGUUGAAGAAAAAGUAGAACAGAAUGAAUUUAAUGUCACUGAGAACUCGGACAGUGCUAAAGAAAAUGAAUCUGAAGAUGGCAAACACAUUCCUUUCAAUCCAACAGGUAGUGUUUUUGCAUGUGAACAAUCUGAAAAUGAUUAGAAAGAAGAGUGUACACAAUAAAUACACUAUAAAUCCUUUAUUGUAAUAUUGCUCCAGGCCAAUAUAGGCCGUUUGCUGUGACCUCGAAAAGUGCUUAUUUUCAUUUAGCAUGUCUUUCACUUUCGAACAUGCUCAGUUCAAAUCCGAAAAUUUCGCGCUUCGUAGACCCGAAGUUUUCUGACAAACAGCUAAAUUUUAUCUUCACUAAUUUCACGACCAAUUUUAUCAUUGUUUAACGACACGGAUGGAUGAAGACACGAUUACAUAACUCAAAAUGAUUAAUUCCUAUGAACCAGGUUUUGCAUUUAACAAAAGACCGUUUUGCUUGUAUCAUUUUGAGUUAUGUAAUUUUAAGCGCAUUGGACGUAAACAACAUAUCUUGUAUGCAACUUUGGGAAGGUACCGAUAUCGCUUUUUAAAAUCCUCAGUUUUGGCUCUAUACAAUCACAAGGACGUUAAUAUAAUGUUUUUGGACUAUGUCUCUCGGCUGAGAAAUAAUAGACAAUUUCCAUUAUAGACUAAUUUUAAAACUAGGCAAGGAGAUGCAAAUAAUUCACCACAGCUAGAAAGAGCAUACUAAAAUUAGUAAAAUUUCAAAGUUUGGUUGCGAAAUGUUGUGAAUUGCGGAAAAUAUAGCCUUGCAAAAAUAAAACAAAAGUUAUUCCGAAUAAGGAGCGCAUAAUAUUAACACACAAUUUGUAAAAAACCCUGUAUAUUUCGAAUCAAAUCAGAUUCAUCUUCCGCAGUGUUUUGCAAGAUAUGUCCAAUAUUAGUUGUACUUGAAAGGAAAAAAAAGAACAUUAGUUGUACUUGAAAGGAAAAAAAACCAUAACAGAUUUAGGAUCAGAAUUGAAAACAAAAACACGCCUGCUCAGGCGUUCACACUGGCCUCGGUUGGGAAAAUGCACAAAAUGUGGUUUGGGCUGAACAGGUGAUGUGCAUGACCACUCCGAUGGGAUUCAAAGGGCAAAGAUAUUUUUGCCAUGUUGGAUGACAUAUCGGUUAUUCAUGUUUUCGUAUGAGAUUGAUCUGAUGUCACAAACAAGUAGUGCACAAAGUAACAUUAAUCUGCCCAUUGUGGUGGAAAGAAACAUUGAUCUACCCAUUGUGGUAGAGCCCAUUGAGGCACAGAAUAACAUUGUCAUUGAUCUGCCCAUUGUGGUAGAGCCCAUUGAGGCAAAAACUAUUGAUCUGCCCAUUGCGGUAGAGCCCAUUGAGGCAAAAACUAUUGAUCUGCCCAUUGUGACAAAGCCCAUUGAGGCACAAAAUAACAUUGAUCUGCCCAGCUGAGGCAGUUGACGUGGAGCACAAAUCUGUGGUGACUAAUGAGACAAACAAUGAAAAUCAAAUUUGGCAGUAUCAGUUAUGGAAAAGAGCUUCAAGGUGUUGUUAUAACUGACUGAGAGAUUGAAUCUCACUAUUAUGACAUUCACACAGCAGUUGUGGAUGCAUUUUUGAGUAAUAGUUAUUCUAUCUUGAUAUUAGAAGGCCUUAUGAUGGCCUUAAUAAAGCAAGGAGAUUUUUUCUAUUUAUUUGACUCGCAUGCCAGAGAUUUCAGUGGCAUGCGUGAUCCAAAUGGCGCUGCUGUUGUCAUGAAAUUUAAUAUUCUAGAGUUAGAACAAUAUUUGUAUUGCCUUUCAAUGAAAUUACAUACCAAUUAUUUUGAAAUUGUACCUGUGCAGUUAAAUAAAUGUAAUGCUUUGGAGGAAAAAAGUAAGUGUGUGAGAGAUCAUGAAUACCAUAAAAAGAGACUUUCAGUAGAGUCUGAAGGUGAUAAAAAAGCUAGACUUCAAAAAGCUAGUGAGUAUAAAAUGAAAGUAUUCAGAAGAAACUGACAAUGAGCAGCAAAUAAGACUUCAAAAAGAAAGUGAGUCUGCUAAAUGGAAACUGACAACGAAAAACAAAUUAGACUUCAAAAGGAUCGCGAAUCUAAAAAAGAAAGCGGUCAGAGGAAACUGACAGUGAGAGACAAAUGAGGUUUGAGAAAGAUAGACUUAAUAAAAAACAAAAGCGUGCAAAAAAAGUGUCACAGCCUCGACAUGAAAUAUUAAAUCAACAGGAUUAUUUAAAUAUGUUUGACAACACCAAUAAUGGUGGUAUUGAAGAGCAAUGUUGGGCUAAGGCUAACAUUAAUAAGUUUAAAAUAAGUCCGUGCAAUACAUUGUCAGUCAGUGUACAGUAUGUCGGGAGGCAUGGCCCUUAAAAUCCAAACCAAGGACACCUUGUGUGUUCACGAUGCUUUAGAGAUAAAAAAUCUCCAAAAAAAUUUUCUUGUGAAAAUUCAAUGAUACCUUCAUAUGUUCCACAUGAACUGCAAAAUUUAACUCAGAUUGAGGAAAUGUUGAUUGUUCGUGUUUUGCUCAUCAUGAGUGUUUAUAUUAAACCUGGUAGUCAACGAGGUUAUUCAGGACAUUGUAUUAACCUGCCACAAAAUGUCAAAGAACUUGCAAUGUCUUUGCCAAGAUAUCUUAAAGAUUUAGUUGUGAUUAUUGUCAAGGCUAAAGGUAGAGAAAACACAUUCAAAGAUGUGACAGUGCGAAAGCAAAAAGUGCACAAUGCUUUAGUUUGGCCUAUCAAUCGAGUUAUUAAUCAGUGAAGAUGCAUUAAAUUCCUUACCUGAAAAUGGUGUACCACCAGGUCUUAUGCAGACUGUUGAGACUGAUGAUGAUAUAGUCUUAGAUGACAAUUGUUCUCCUGAUGUAGGUCCUCCUACUGAUAAUCCAUCAGAGGAUAUUGUUUAUAAUGACUCUACUCUCAUUUCAAUGAGUAGUUUUUUGCUUGUUGGCGAACAACAACAACAGGAAAUUGAAGCUGUUAGAAAUCAGCUGUCUGAAAAUGAGCCAAUGCCCUGGCCCUCAGUUGAAAAUGAGCCAUCAAAUGAGUAUCAGAUAACACAUCUGGCCACAAUGGCUUUCCCAACAUUAUUUCCAGAUGGGAAAGGAGAAUUUGGGUGUGCGACAGUCACGUACUUGGGUCAUGACGCUGGGCAAGGUCAUGUUAAGCCCGUCCAAGCAAAGAUAUCUGCGAUCCUUGAAUUCCCUACACCAACAUCAAAGAAACAUUUAACUCAAACAUUACCAAACCACUGACCAUGCUGCUGAAAAAGAAUGUCGGUUUUGACUGGAGUCGGGAUUGUGAAACGGCGUUUCAAAAAGUGAAAGCUAUGCUGACCAGUGCUGUCGGCGCCGAAUUUCGACCGUCCAUUUAAAUUAGCUGUGGACGCCAGCGACGUUGCAGUUGGAGCUGUGCUGUUGCAAGAGGACAGUAAUGGGUUAGAUCAUCCAGUGUGUUAUUUCUCGCGUAAGCUGGACAAGAGUCAGAGAAAUUUUUCGACGAUUGAGAAAGAGUGUUUGGCGUUAAUAUUAGCCCUGCAGCAUUUCGAAAUUUACGUUACGGCUUCUAACUCGGCAGUUACGGUAUUCAGCGAUCAUAAUCCUUUGGUAUUUCUCCACAAGAUCAAGGAUAAAAAUCAGCGAUUAGUGCGAUGGAGUUUAUGUUUACAAGAAUAUGAUUUGGACAUACAGCAUAUUAAAGGUAAAGACAAUCUGAUUGCGGACUGCUUAUCAUCAAGGUAGUGAUAUUGGACGAAAGUUCUAACAAAGUUUCUUUUUUCAAGAAGGGGAGUGUGACGUGAGUCAGUGACGUCAGAACAUUAUGCUGAUUCCUGCUUUUGCUAUAUUUAUCGUUUACGUAGUAUCUAAAAAUAGUAUAUAUGUAAUGUUCUAUAAAUAUCUUUCGGACAGUAUAUAAGCAGCGAAAGCUUAAGCUAAAAAAGGAUGAGAGAAAAGUUUAGAAAUAGUAAUUUGUUGUUGCUGUUCAAGAAGAAAAAUUUGAUAUUGUUGGAGUUAUUGUUGUCGCAAAGUUAACAAGACUUAAAGGAAAGGAACUAUAUACUAAAGUGUGAAAGGACAAAGUCUGAAAAGCAAAGCUGUGUCAUUGUCAAUAGACAGAUAAGUUUAAACUAUCCUGAUUCUUCGUUCUUUUAGUUUUCUUUUAUUAAUAAAUAAUUUAAAAAAUAAGACUUUUGUUUUUAAGUCUCUCUUGUUACGGUGAACGUAACAGACUUACGUCUCGGAUUCAGGUUUUGGCACAUAUGCCAUGUUGACCGCCAUGGUCAUUUUACCCUAAAGCAGUUGGGAUUACCUGUGCUAAAUGAAACGCUUACAAACUCCGAUACAGGUCUUAUACAGACUAAUAAACAUUUGUUGGUACACGCCUCAGCUUACAGAGUGUAUCAAGAAGUGUGAUUUGUCGCACGUCUAGAUGUAUGAAUUGACCUGGAUGUUCCCUUUCUAUGUUUACAUGCAAUAAAUUGUAAGCAUGGAAUGGAGCAAGGAAAGACGAUUAGCACACCCUAUUGUUUAUUUUACCUUAGCGUCGUCGAGUGAGGAGACCUCGUUUGAGUCUUUGAAAGAAAGUGUGUCGGGGAAAACGUUGAAAGCUAUCUCAGAUAUGGGUUUUACGCAUAUGACCGAAAUUCAACAUAAAAGUAUUGCACCCUUGCUGAAUGGAAG